AAUGUGGUUGUCACGGGCAGUGCACAUGGGCAACAGCAGCUUUCUUCUGGGCCUCAGAAUCCUGAUCCUGGCUGCUGGGGCCAUCCUGCUUGCCAUCAGCCGUCGCCAAUGGGAUCACUUGUGGCCAUGGGGCCCACUUGGUUCCAGCACUGGUGGUGCCUGUCCCCAGAAAGGUGACUGUGCCACAAUGAUGUUCCCACAGGGUGAUGGCCAGGGCAAGCAACAGCGCAGAUGGAGGCGGCGAUUUUGGGCAGCAAAGCCAUGUAACGCUGUGUCCCCCCUGUGCGGGCCCUGGCGCUGCAGGCCCGGCUGCACCCACUGCAUCAAGGCUGUGCAGGAGCUGCAGGAGCUGGUGCUGUCAGCGUGGGCUGGGAGAGGAGCUGCAGCCGCUCUGGAUGCUGGCACGUGGCAGGCGCUAUGGCAGGACCUGGAGGAGCUGGUGGAGCAGGGAGAGCUGAGCUGCUGCGGCUCCCCCAGUUACCCCGAGAGCAUCAGUCCCUCCAAGAACCUGACAGCAACGCUCCUGACUCGAGAUGGAGGAGUUCCUAUGGAGGUGAGGUCUGUUUACUCCCUCGACCACACGUGUGCUGGCAGAGUCUCUUCAGCCCUGAAGAUGCACGUGGCUCAGAAAGUCCUGGAGAUACGGCUGGGGGCCCUGCCCGUGCCGGUGCCGGUGCAGGAGUCCCAGGAGCAAGCAGCACGGCAGCAGGGCUGCUUCCAUGCGCUAUGGCAGGACCUGGAGGAGCUGGUGGAGCAGGGAGAGCUGAGCUGCUGCGGCUCCCCCAGUUACCCCGAGAGCAUCAGUCCCUCCAAGAACCUGACAGCAACGCUCCUGACUCGAGAUGGAGGAGUUCCUAUGGAGGUGAGGUCUGUUUACUCCCUCGACCACACGUGUGCUGGCAGAGUCUCUUCAGCCCUGAAGAUGCACGUGGCUCAGAAAGUCCUGGAGAUACAGCUGGGGGCCCUGCCCGUGCCGGUGCCGGUGCAGGAGUCCCAGGAGCAAGCAGCACGGCAGCAGGGCUGCUUCCAUGUCCUGGCAUUGUCUCUCCCUCCUUACACUGACUACAGAAGAAGCCCCAACGGUUAG